AUGAACACGGAGCAGUUUAGGGUGGCGGCCAAGGCGGCCAUUGACGAGAUCGCAAAUUACCAUGAGAGCGUCCCUGAGCGCCGGGUCGUCUCAGCUGUUGAGCCGGGCUACCUGAGGCCGCUCCUCCCCGCCUCGGCACCGCUCGACGGCGAGCCAUGGGAGGCCAUCCAGUCGGACAUCCAGUCCAAGAUCAUGCCCGGCAUCACCCACUGGGCGUCUCCCGGCUUCAUGGCCUUCUUCCCCUGCUCGAGCAGCUACCCCGCGGCCAUUGCGGAGAUGUACUCCAACGCGUUCAACGGCGCGCACUUCAACUGGAUCUGCUCCCCCGCGGUGACGGAGCUGGAGACGAUCGUCAUGGACUGGCUGGCGCAGGCGCUGGGGCUGCCGGAGUGCUUCCUGAGCGGCGGGCCGACGCACGGCGGCGGCGUGAUCCACGGGAGCGCGAGCGAGGCCAUCCUCACGGUUAUGGUCGCGGCGAGGGACAAGUACAUCAGCGAGGCGACGGCCCACCUGCCCGAGGGCGAGGACAAGGAGGAGGAGACGUGGCGGCUGCGCAGCAAGCUGGUGGCCCUGGGCAGCGCAGGCGCGCACUCGAGCACCAAGAAGGCGGCGCAGGUGCUGGGCGUGCGCUUCGCGACGGUGCCCGUCUCGCAGGACAACGGCUUCUCGAUGACGGGCGAGGCGCUGGCCAAGACGCUCGACGAGCUCCGGGCCAAGGGGCUGGAGCCCUUUUAUCUGACGGCGACGCUGGGCACGACGGACGUCUGCGCCGUCGACGACUUUGCCAGCAUCGCCUCCGCGCUGGCGCCCCGAGCGGGCAAGCCGGGCGAGAUCUGGGUGCACGUGGACGCGGCGUACGCGGGCGCGGCGCUGCUGCUGGACGAGAACAAGCCGCUGGCCGAGCCGAUGGCGGCCUUCCACUCGUUCAACUUCAACCCGCACAAGUGGAUGCUGACGACCUUCGAUUGCUCGGCCGUGUGGGUGCGGCACAGGGGCCACCUCAUCGCCGCGCUGAGCAUCAAGCCGCCGUACCUGCGCAACCAGUACAGCGACAACGAGCUGGUGACGGACUACCGCGACUGGCAGAUCCCGCUGGGCCGGCGCUUCCGCUCGCUGAAGCUGUGGUUCGUGCUGCGGAGCUACGGCAUCAGGGGCUUGCAGGCGCACAUCCGCAACGGGGUGUCGUUGGGCGAGUCCCUCGAGGAGAAGCUCGCUUCGAGGGAGGACUUGUUUAGCGUGUUUACGAGGGCGCGGUUUGGGCUCGUGACGUUUCGCGUGAGGGGGGAUGGCGAGGAGGAGGUGAAUCGGAGGACGGAGAGGCUGUAUGAGGCGAUUAAUGCGGGCGGCAAGUUUUACCUGACGAGCACGGUUGUGAAUGGGCAUUUCGCGAUACGGGUGUGUACGGGGACGGCGGCGGUGAGGGAGGAGCAUGUCCGGGGGUUGUUUGAGCUGUUGGUUGAGACUGUUACGAAGCAGUUGAAGGAGUGA